AUGUCAAAUCAAGAUAAUCUCUAUUCACGCUCUAUUGCUGCCAUCGGUAUGGCUACUCAAAAAAAGCUUUUCACCUUACGCGUUUUAGUUUCUGGACUCCGUGGGGUUGGUCUUGAAGUCGCUAAAAACUUAAUAUUAGCUGGCCUCCAUACAGUCACUUUGCAUGAUGAUGCUAUAAUUUCUCUCUCCGAUUUAGGGACCAAUUUUUUCAUAAAUGAAUCCCAUGUCAGCCAAAAUCGAGCUGAAUCAGUCAUCUCCAAGCUUCAAGCGCUCAACCCAAAUGUCUCAGUAAAUAUCCACAGAGGAGAAAUUACUCGAGAAGUCAUUUCUCAACACUCUUUAGUCCUUCUCACUGAAAGUGAUAGUGCCACACUUAUAAGGGUUAACUCCAUUUGCCGAGACUUAAGCCCACAGGUUGGAUUUGUGUCUGUCGAAACAUGGGGGACAGCUGGGCACGUUUUUGUAGAUUUUGGGGAUAAUUUUGAAAUUUCUGACAAAAAUGGAUCAGCCUUAAGAACGUACUUGGUUGGAAAUAUAAGCAGAAGCAAUCCUGGAGUUGUGAAGCUAAAUGAUGAGGACAAGCAUUGGUUUCAGGACGGAGACUACAUAAAGUUCAACUUAACUUAACUUAACUUAAAAAGACAGGUUCGUGCCCUUAAUUUUAACGCAAUCACCGAGGAUCCCUUGUGGGAUUCAUCCGCUUUGCGACCUCCCUCUCGCAUAAAGCGAGAGUACUGAGGCCUCCUCCUUGCCUCUUGUAGAAGGCUUCAGUGUUGAGUGGGCAGACUACGGGUUUGUAUGGCCUCCUGAGGCUGUAGCAGAUGAAGUUGGCAUUCCGAAAUUCCAAAAAAUGGAAUUUAUGGUAGCCUAUCGGCAAAAGGGAAGUCCAGAUCCUGGGACGUAACGCCCAGUAUCACGCUAGGUAGUUGCCCGAUUGGUCUAGGUAUUACCUGUAGACUCUGCUGGGCUUGCCCUUUCCAAAUCUGAACCCUCCUUUCCUUCGAGGUAAAAACCAGUUUUCGAAGUUGGACUUGGGCUAGGUUCUGCGUACCUUCAGAAUUAGUUGCCUAGCAUUGCUGUUCAUUUCAAGGCUAGAAAAACCCUUGCCGGAUAUAAUUAAAAUAUGAGCCGUGAGGCCAUACCUAGAUGAAGACGCCAUAUUUUAAUUAUGACUAUAUAAAGUUCAAAGAAGUCGAAGGAAUGACUCCUCUUAAUGAUGGCAGAGAACGAAAGGUCACUUAUAUUGACCCGCACAGCUUUUCUAUAGAUGAAGAUACCACAGAUUACCCUGAUUAUAUAAAAUAUGGGACAGUUGAAGAAGUAAGAAAACCUUUCCAUUAUGAUUUCCGGCCUUAUGAAAUUUCUAUUAAAAAUCCUGAAGGAUUAAAGCCUUUUAUGCAUGUUGAUUACUUAAAAGAAAACAGACCUGCCAAUUUACAUUUAGCCAUGCUUGCUAUCAGAAAAUUCCAAGAAAUCCACGGAUUUCUUCCUGAAAUCCAUAAUGAGGACCACGCAAAUCUUUGUGUGGCUUAUGCAAGAGAAAUUAAUGAAGCCUCAGAAGACUUUUCAUUAGAAACAAUUGAUGAAUCUGUCAUUAAAAACGUCUCAAAAUACGCAAGGCUACAAAUUUCUCCAAUCACAUCAAUAUUUGGCGGAAUUGCAGCUCAAGAAGUCAUAAAAUUCACAGGAAAAUUUACCCCAAUCCAGCAGUGGCUACAUAUGGACUGGUUUGAGCUAAUUCAGCCAUCUGCAAGUAUUUCUGACUCAAGAUAUCACGAUCUCCAAGCAAUUAUAGGAGAAGAAGGACUAAACAAGCUUAAAUCAGCCAAUUUAUUUAUGGUCGGAUCUGGUGCUUUAGGCUGCGAAUUUUUAAAGCUUUUUGCAUUAUCCGGAGUUUGCUGUGGGACUGGAGAGCUUACAGUCACUGACGACGAUAAUGUAGAAAUCUCAAACCUGACAAGGCAGUUUUUAUUCAAUAUUACCAAUGUAGGUCAAUCCAAAAGUGAAUGUGCUACAAGGAUAGCGAAAAUCAUGAACCCAGAAAUAAAUGUCACUGCUUUGAAAAACAGAGCUUGCCCAGAAACAGAAAACUUGUUUAAUGAUAGGUUUUGGGAGAAAUUAAAUGCAGUUUUUGGGGCUGUUGAUAAUGCCAGUGCACGAAUUUUUAUUGACCGAAAAUGUGUUUAUUACAAAAAGCCACUUUUUGAAAGCGGAACAGAAGGGACAAAAGCAAACUCCCAAGCAAUCAUUCCAUAUCUGACCCAAAGCUAUGAAGAUACCCCACAGCCAACAGAAACGAAAGCUAAAUCAUGCACUUUGAAGCAUUAUCCAUAUGAAAUUUCUCAUUGUAUUGAUUGGUCAAGAGAAAAAUUGUCAGAUUUCUUUACCUCUGGCCCUGAUGAGUUGAAUAAAUAUUUAGGAUAAAUAAAAUGGCAUUCGGUUCGAGAGAAAUUAGCUUUGCUAAUUUUCUCUCCCUCAUGGAAUUUUAUUUAUAGGGUUAGGUUUUCACUCGAGAACUUCUGGACUGCAAUAGUGGUUUAACUUUGGGAUAACCAAAGGAACCACUCCUCAGUCCUCUCAAGAUUUCGGGCUUUUACCUCUCAGCACAUCCCCACGGGAGGAUGACCCUUAGGCGGAACACGCGCAGGAGCUGAGUCGAGCGACAAGGGCGACGGCAACGCGCCGGGUGAGAGACGUGCAGCAAGGCCGGUGAAGCAGGAGUUGAUAGAAGGCUUGGACGGGGCUGACCCGUGCCAAGAUGGCUCGCCUACGUCACUAGUUUUGCCAUAGGCCCUUUUGGGCUGCGGCACUAGACACCUUAAACACCAGAUAAUUAAGUAAGUAAGAAUAAAAUAUUUAGAAAACCCAGAGGCUUAUUUACAAAAAUUGGGAAGUAUUGGGCAUUUUGAUAUGCAGAUGGCCCAGUUAAAGCUGCUAAAAGAAUUUUUAGAACUUUCUGGGAUAAGCAGCUUUGAUGAUUGUAUUAUAAUAGCAAGACAUAAGUUUAAUGAGCUUUUUUAUGAAGAAAUAAGGUCUUUACUACAUCAAUGUCCGCCCGGCACAAAAGACAAGCAUGGUAAAGAUCUUUGGACAGGGACCAGGAGGCUGCCUGAGCCUUGUAUUUUUGACACAGAAAAAGAAAAUCAUAUAGACUUUAUAGAAUCCUAUGCAAAUUUGCUAGCCUUUAACCUUAAUAUCCCUCAGAAUAGAGACAGAAAUUACAUAAAAGAAAUUGCGUCUAAAGUCCAGGUUAAGGAAUUUAUCCCAAGAAAAAUUAAAAUAGAUGAUAAUGAAGAGCAGCGGCCUGCAUCAGAAGCUGAAAUUAAAUUAAAAGAAGAACUAAUAAGCUGGCUCAAAGGAUUUUCACUAGAAAAUAUCAAGCCUAUGACCCCAAUUUCCUUUGAAAAAGAUGAUGACAGCAAUUUUCAUAUCGAUUUUAUCCACAAUGCUUCAAGUUUGAGGGCAAAUAACUACCGAAUUUCUACUAUAGAAAGGCACCAAACCAAGGUAAUCGCUGGAAAAAUAAUCCAGCCCUCGCAACAACCACUGCAGUUAUUGCUGGAAUUGUGGUCGCUGAGUUUAUUAAAUAUACUCUUGGGCUUGAAAUAG